AUGGGUUCCGUUGUUCUGCCGCAUCUGCGCACAGCCUGGCACGUCGACCAGGCCAUUCUCUCUGAGGAAGACAGACUUGUGGUCAUCAGAUUCGGUCGCGACCACGAUGUCGACUGCAUGCGCCAAGAUGAAGUCCUCUUCAAGAUUGCCGAACGUGUGAAGAACUUCGCGGUAAUCUACCUCUGCGACAUCGACGAGGUCCCCGAGUUCAACACGAUGUAUGAACUCUUCGACCCGAUGACUAUCAUGUUCUUCUACCGAAACAAACACAUGAUGUGUGAUUUCGGUACCGGUAACAAUAACAAACUGAACUGGGUGCUUGAGGAUAAGCAGGAGAUGAUUGAUAUCAUUGAGACGAUUUACAAGGGAGCGAAGAAGGGACGUGGUUUGGUGGUUAGUCCUAAGGACUAUUCGACGAGGUACCGCUACUGA